AGAGGCAUGCCUUCUUCAACACAAUAUGCCUUCAGUCCUCGAAAGAGCAGUGGUUGUUGAAGGAGUAAGUGGUAUCUGCAGUAAAUACAAUUCAGGGAAGAAUGGCUUCUGACACAGACUCCAAUACUGCUGGUGUGCAAUACAAUCGCUGGAAUGAAGACAACAUCAAUCUGAAUGUGGCUGGGACAGGUGUAACGGGGCUGUACAACAGAUUCUGCACUGGCACCUUGGGCAUAGCUAUCAAGGUGGCCGGAGCUUUGGCUGCACUGGUGGCUGUCUACGUCAUUGGAUACGUCACUGGAUAUUACGUCCACAAAUGCUGACCGGCCACUGACCGAAGGACCCUCAACAGAUGGAAUUAUGUUGGGAUUGCAGUUUGCUUGUUGUAAAGUGAUUUUACAGCUUCCCACAGCUUUGUCUUAUAUGUGAAAAGUCAUUGUCUAAAAACAUGAACAUAAUGUUUGACUUACAGUGCUUGGUAUUCAAUAUGUUCUUGUCACUAAGUGAUAUCUAUUUCAAUUGUUUUUUCAAGAUUGUACUACAGGGCUUGUUAUGUUAGCCUAUUCAACUGUAUAUCAAGGCCAUGUGGAUUCAAUAUUUUAAUGAAAGGACACAGGCAAUACUAAUAGUUAAUAAAAAAGCUGUUGAAAAUA